AUGGGGAAGGCUGUCGGAAACCAGCAGGCGCUCUGGUUGCCUUCGCGGUUGGGAUUCUCGGAGUUCAAAGGCCGUUUUGCGAAGCGCCGAGAUCCCUCUGGUUGUCUCAAACGGCCUCGAGCCAUCGUCAGCCCCGCGCACGUGAAGUCCGGCUGCCGAAAUCCGCCGGACGCUUAUUGCCCUUUUAGCCCGGUUAUCGGCCGGCGUUCGGCGGCAUCGCGGGGCUCUUCCAGGAUAGAGGAAGCAUGCGACAUCUACGCCCGAGCAGCAAACAUGUUCAAAAUGGCCAAAAACUGGAGCGCCGCAGGGAAUGCCUUUUGCCAGGCGGCGCAGCUCCACCUGCAGCUGCAGAGCAAGCACGACGCAGCCACCAACUUCGUGGACGCGGGCAAUGCCUUCAAGAAAGCUGACCCGCAAGAGGCCAUUAACUGUUUGAUCAGAGCUAUCGAGAUCUACACAGACAUGGGGCGGUUCACCAUCGCUGCGAAGCACCACAUAUCCAUAGCGGAAAUCUACGAGACGGAGCUGGUGGACAUCGAAAAGGCGAUAGCCCACUACGAGCAGGCUGCGGAUUACUACAAAGGGGAAGAGUCCAACAGCUCUGCCAACAAGUGCUUGCUGAAGGUGGCCACUUACGCGGCCCAGCUGGAGCAGUACCAGAAAGCCGUGGAGAUCUACGAGCAGGUGGGCACCAGCGCCAUGGACAGCCCCCUGCUGAAGUACAGCGCCAAGGAGUACUUCUUCAAGGCCGCCCUCUGCCACUUCUGCAUCGACAUGCUCAACGCCAAGCUGGCCGUGCAGAAGUACGAGGAGAUGUUCCCGGCCUUCACGGACUCCAGGGAGUGCAAGCUGGUCAAGAAACUGCUGGACGCUCACGAGGAGCAGAACAUCGACGCCUACACCGACGCGGUGAAGGAGUACGACUCCAUCUCCCGCCUGGACCAGUGGCUGACCACCAUGCUGCUCCGCAUCAAGAAAACCAUCCAGGGCGAGGAGGACUUGCGCUAG